AUGCCAGCUGCAAGCAAGGAGCAAUUAUUGGUUAACAAGAAGCGUGGGCAAAAGCGGAGGCGAGCACCCCUGUGCAGGUUGUUCUGGACAAACGGCCCGGGCAUUAAAUUGACCAUGGAGGUCGACAUCUCUGCUUCUGGGCUGGCGCCCAAAGGCCAGGACCCAGACUACUACGCAGUGCUACUGGAACCUGCACACGGGAUGGGCGAGCAAGAUGAAUUCUAUGUCGCUACCAGGCGGCUGCUCUUGGCUGGGAAAGCGGCUGAUGCAAAGCUCAAGCGGCAGAUGUGGAAGUGCAAUGGCGUGAGCUACGUUCAGUACCGGGACUUUCAGCGCUACAAAAAAUAUGGAAGGCAGCCAACCACCAGUGCGUGGUCCGACAUUCCCAUACGGUCUCACUCCCGACAAGGAAGCCUUACCCCUUCAUCACCUGGCCCGCCUCAGAUGUCGCCGUCGGGAGAGGAUUUGAGAAAAAAUCGAGGAGGCAGCUUCUCUAGCCUGUCCCGUACAAUCAGCCGGCGGGACAGCGUGAGCAGCACGACGAGCGAAGCGUCCCAUACUAGUUCUCUCUCUGCGACUAAGGACGAGCCGGCCUACUCCUUCGUGGGCAUGCAAUGCAUCUUCGACGACAGCAAACUGCCGGUGAAUGUAAUCAAGUUUGGGAGACGAAGCAGCGAUGUGCUUGCUUACGCCGGGGGGGACGGCGUGCUACGGGUUUGCUCUGUGGCGGACCCCCCCAGGGUGAUUCUCAAGCUUGUUGGACACACCAAAGAGAUCACGGACUUUGAUUGGUCCUCCAACAACGAGUACCUCCUCUCUUGCUCGCUCGACAAGACGGUCCGCGUUUGGAACGCCACCAGAGGGGACUGCAUCCGGAUCGUCUAUGGCAGCUCCGCACAACUGUGCUGCUGCUUCAACCCCGUAAACAAUAACCUGCUCUUCGUUGGGAAUGCGUCCAGCGAAGUGUCGAUAAUCAAUUUCAGCACGGGCCGCGUCAACCACAAAGCCAGCAUCGACUGCCCCGCUACCGCCAUCGACAUCGAUAACACCGGCCGGAUCCUCUUCGUUGGAGACAACCACGGGACCGUUCACAGUUUUGCCGUCGACGCGCAUACAGGCGCGUUACGGCACGCGCACCGUAACGUGCUUCCGGGCGGCAAAUGGUCCCCGUGUUCCGCAAUCGUCUUCCGCAGCUUUUCCCUGCUCGCGAACGGGCCAGUGCUACUCGCGAGUAUCAGGGACGGAACGUUGCGCUUCUUCAGCGUGGCUGCGGAGGUGGACGGGUACUUAACGCCCAAGGUGACGCUGCAGCUGCAGCCCCGCGCGCGAAACAUCCGGGCGUCCUUCUGCCCGCUGCUCAGCCUGGAAAAAGGGGAGUUCAUCGUUACCGGGAAUGAGGACACCACCGUAUACUUCUACGACUUCAUCAGGCCAGGCCGGGCCUGCGUUAAUAAACUAAUGGGUCAUACCGCUCCCGUCACGGACGUCUCGUGGAACCACGGCGAAAACUUUCUAGCUUCGUGCGACUGCGACGGGGUAGUAAUAGUAUGGAAGCGGACAAAACAAGCAACCGGGAAAGACGUUCCCACGGCUCGGAUGCAUGCCUCUUGAGUGUGCCCAUAAGCCGUUUGGUGAAGAACGUCGACCAAUUUGCUCUGGCUCGAGCGUGAAUCAGGGCGUUCAUCAGAAUGAGUGGGAAAGAUACCAUCAUGCUGAUCGGAUUGGCUAAAUCGACGGCUUUUUUCUUCUGAGCUUUCAAGCACGCAAAUAUCUAGAGUUUGACGUUGGAUCAGAACAAGUCACGGUUCUAUAGAUCCACGAUUGAGCUAAGGUCAUGUUCCGGUCACUUGCAUACGUACAUGGCGAAGAGCAGGCUUAUCCAAGCAUGAGAUUUACAGGCUGAAGGUACGUUGAGCGUACUGUACGGAAAUGUACCUUUUAUGAACGUAAUCGAAACAGACAGACAUGCAAGUGAACUAUUCAAUGUGUAGUGACGGUGUUGGCCCGCA